AGCUGGUGGCGUUUUUGGAUGAAAUCCCCGAAAGAAGGAAGCCUAGGGAAUGCAGUGCAAAGAUGCCUGGAGUAAUCAUUGGGUGGUAUGGACUGGAAGGGUCCAUUUCUGAAAUCAAUCAAUUAUUAGAUUGGAUCGGAAGAAGAGACAGUCGUGUCCAGGACCUGCUGCGCCCCUUUGUGGACAAACUGGGCGAGGGCGAUGUCAAAGAAAACACGGGAGGGAGGCGAAAGCAGGAUAAAGUUGAUAAGGAAUGUCCAACAGACACACAAACAGGCAGUGUGGACCAACCGACAGAUCUACAGAUCAGCUGCCAGCCUGACAAGGAGAUAACCAUCUCUGAUGUGAAGUCCACGGCCCUGCUUCUUGAGACUGCAGGAUUUUACUGGAAAGUCAUCCAGAAAUCUGGGCUCCGUGUUUAUUCCACCAGAGAGGAUGAGAAAAGGUUCUUCUUUUAUGCUGCGGUGGCUGAUAAGUCAGACUGCGUCAAACUGAUGGUUUAUGGAAAAGAUCACUAUCGAAACAUCAAGGAAGAAAAGUCCUACUUAUUCAGAAGACUGAUGAAAGAUCCGGAAGUUGAUAAAGUGACAACAUCAAGCGUCGUGUCUCAGAUCAAAGCUGUUCAGGUCCCUGAGGAGCUGGAGGAGGAAGCUCGGAGGCUAAUUUAUCCUGAGAGUCCAUUCUACUCCAUCACUGAGGUCAGAUCAUUACCUGACAAGACAAACGUGAGCGUGGCGGGAACCGUUGAAGAGAUCGAUCCAAUCAAAGAGAUAAAAGUGGCGUAUCAGAAGCAGAAGAAAAAGACCCAACGUUUUAAGCUGAAAGACGAGUCCAGCUCCACAUGGAUCUGUAUGUGGGGAGAAGAAACCCAGCAGUCCAAAGGCUUGUCAGUGGGAGAUGUAGUGAAGCUCACCAACAUGAAGGUCAACAAUUAUUACGACGAACUGAACUCCACUGGAUCCACUAAAACUGAAAAGGUUGAAUCUGUGGGCAUCCAGAGUACCAAAAUGAAGAUCAUUGGGAUCCAGAAGGCCAUAAAGAAGGAGACACGCCUGGAGGGGGAUGUUGGCGGAGAGGUGCACACCUUCGUUGUGUCAUCUAAACUUCUGGCGAAGGCACUGGGCAUCGAACUAGAUUGUGAUUAUAAAGAAAACCUCCUGGAUAAGCUACCGUUCCAGGCUGAUGUGGAAAUCAAAGGGAAUAAAAUAAAGAAAAUGACCGCAGUUUUAUAGGUCGUUUCCACCAAGCGCA